CCCGUGUACAUCUCAUCCACUUCCAGGCUGUACAAGAUGAGAGACUCCACUGGAAUUGCAUCUUUGUUCCUACUGUGGACCCUUUUCAGCUCUGCAACUGCUGCAAUUUUAGGCAUUUCAAUCCCCAAUAAUUUCCUCCAAAAGUCACUGGGUUUAUCUCAUAAUCAGCAUCCCAUCAUGGACAAGUUUAUUCCAGAAAUCAUCAAGCCACAGCAGCCUGCUGCUCCAGAGACAGAUGCGCCUGUCAUCUCAGAUGUCUUGCCCAAGACCAAGGGGAUUAAUAUCUUCGCUCAGCUAACUCGUGAUUUUGAUCCGAUCGCCUCCCGCUUGAAUGAUGCAUCGAAGAAUAUUACCGUGCUAGCGCCGAAGAACAGUGCCGUACAGGCAUUGCCCAGGAAGCCUUGGGAGGACCCAGAAGACUACGCUCAGUUUGGUGAGGUGAAUGCAUACGAAGGAAAGGAUGGUCAGGAACGGGCGAAGCGAAAUCUGCAGCGCUUUGUCGAAGCCCAUGUCAUUCCUGUUAGUCCAUGGAAAGAGGGCGAGGAGGUUGAAACGUUGCGCGGUGAGAAGCUCAAGUGGACGAAGGAGGGUGAUAAGAUUCUCAUACAACCCGGAAACAUAGAAGUGGGUAGCAUUGCAGAGAAGGUAGCUAAUGGGGAGGUAUGGGUGGUGAACAGUGUGAUCAACUACCAUUAA